AAGAAAGAGAACAGAGAAGACAGAUCCCUCCGUAAAAGUUUACGGCUAGAAGUGGCAGCGGUGGCGCGGGGCGAGCCGGCGAGCGGGCAGCGGGCUGGUCAGGCCUGCGAAGGCUGCGAUUGCUUUAUUAAUAUCUCCGGGUUUUGGAGGGAGAGAGGCACCUUUCUCAUCCUCCCAGCCUCUCCGCCCGCCCCUGCUCCCUCCCCCUCAGCUACCUGUCAAAGUCACUGAUCUUUUGCAUUUCCGAAGAGGACGUCUACGGGAAGGAAUUCCCCCUCUCGGCGCGGGCUCCGCGACGGGGCAACGCGCGGGAGGCUCCCCGGGCGCCUGGAAAAGGGUGUUGGUGCCAGAAGAAAAGAAUGAUUGAUGGGAAGCAGACACCAGGCUGUAGACACAUCCUUUUGCUUCAGAUACUGAUAUCUCAGUGCUUCUGAGCAUCCAUUGUGAGCUGUGAACAUUGAGGAUCACUCAGGGUUAUCGAAAGCACAAUGGGAGAGCCAUCACUUCACUAAAUUAUUCUCUGCUACUGGACAUAUUUUACAAAAAAACAACUAGAUCCAAGUCUAACAGAUAUAUUCUAGGACAAGAAAAAAAAAGAAGCAGCAACUGUAACUUAUUGCUAGCAGCUGCCUCACAAGUAUGUUAGACUUCAACAACAUCUUCAGUAUACCUGAGCGUGCACAGAGUUUAACCCAGCACAUUUGCUUUUGGAAUCUGCUUUGAGUUAUCUUCCUCUUUAUUUGUUUUUAAUAUAUGGACCUACCUAUAUAGAGACAUACAUGCUUCUGUAAAAUAGAUACAGGUUGAAAACAAGCCACGAAGAUUGCAAAGAAUUUAGAGAUGUAUUUAUCAAGAUUCCUGUCGAUCCAUGCCCUUUGGGUUACAGUGUCCUCUGUGAUGCAGCCCUACCCUUUGGUGUGGGGACAUUACGACGUGUGUAAGACUCAGAUUUACACAGAAGAAGGGAAAGUUUGGGAUUACAUGGCCUGUCAACCCGAAUCCACAGACAUGACAAAAUACCUGAAAGUGAAACUCGACCCUCCGGACAUUACUUGUGGAGAUCCUCCGGAGACCUUCUGUGCAAUGGGUAACCCCUACAUGUGCAAUAAUGAAUGUGAUGCAAGCACCCCAGAGCUGGCACACCCACCUGAGCUGAUGUUUGACUUUGAAGGAAGACAUCCCUCCACCUUUUGGCAGUCUGCUACUUGGAAGGAGUAUCCCAAGCCUCUCCAGGUGAACAUUACUCUGUCUUGGAGCAAAACCAUUGAGCUCACAGACAACAUAGUGAUCACUUUUGAAUCAGGUCGCCCAGACCAGAUGAUCCUGGAGAAAUCCCUGGAUUAUGGACGAACAUGGCAGCCCUAUCAGUACUACGCUACAGACUGUUUGGAUGCAUUUCACAUGGAUCCCAAAUCCGUGAAGGAUUUGUCACAGCACACGGUCUUAGAAAUCAUUUGUACAGAAGAGUACUCCACGGGGUAUUCCACAAAUAGCAAAAUAAUCCACUUUGAAAUCAAAGACAGGUUCGCAUUUUUUGCUGGACCUCGGCUACGCAAUAUGGCUUCCCUCUAUGGACAGCUGGAUACAACCAAGAAACUCAGAGAUUUCUUUACAGUAACAGACCUGAGAAUAAGACUGUUGAGACCAGCCGUUGGGGAAAUAUUUGUAGAUGAGCUCCACUUGGCACGCUACUUCUACGCAAUCUCAGACAUAAAGGUGCGCGGAAGGUGCAAGUGUAAUCUCCAUGCCACUGUGUGUGUAUAUGACAACAGCAAACUGACAUGUGAAUGUGAGCACAACACAACAGGCCCAGACUGUGGGAAAUGCAAGAAGAAUUAUCAGGGCCGACCUUGGAGUCCAGGCUCAUAUCUCCCCAUCCCCAAAGGCACUGCAAAUACCUGUAUCCCCAGUAUUUCCAGUAUUGGUAAUUGUGAAUGCUUCGGCCACUCCAAUCGAUGCAGUUAUAUCGAUCUGCUAAAUACAGUCAUUUGCGUGAGCUGUAAACACAACACUAGAGGGCAGCACUGUGAGUUAUGCAGGCUGGGCUACUUCAGAAAUGCUUCUGCACAGCUGGACGAUGAGAAUGUGUGCAUAGAGUGUUAUUGUAACCCUUUGGGCUCAAUCCAUGACCGUUGUAAUGGCUCAGGAUUUUGUGAGUGUAAGACUGGAACAACAGGGCCUAAGUGUGAUGAGUGUCUGCCAGGAAAUUCCUGGCACUACGGCUGUCAACCGAAUGUCUGCGACAACGAGCUCCUGCACUGCCAGAACGGAGGGACGUGCCACAACAAUGUGCGCUGCCUGUGCCCGGCUGCUUACACAGGCAUUCUCUGCGAGAAGCUGCGGUGCGAGGAGUCCGGCAGCUGCGGGCCCAACUCGGGCGAGGGGUCUCCCGCGCACUGCAGUCCCUCGCUGCUGCUGCUGGCGCUGCUGAGCGCGCUGCUGGGGUCCGCCAGCCCUUAG